AUGAAGAUGGGCAUUGCACGAAAGUCGGGACUGUUGAAUGAGAAGGAACUUGAGAUUACCGAGAAGUAUACCGUUGAAGAGCUGUUGAAGCAGCUAAAGGAUGGUACUUUGUCGUCACUGGAGGUUACCAUAGCGUUCUCGAAGAGAGCAGCUAUGGCACAGCAGCUGCUGUCUUGCCUUACAGAGACAUACUUCCCUGAAGCACAGGAGCGAGCACGCUUCCUCGACAGUGAAAGAGCAAGCGGCCGUAUCGUAGGCCCUCUCCACGGUUUACCCAUCAGUAUCAAGGACGCUUUCCAGGUCGCUGGCUCAGCGGCCACUAUUGGGUUUGUUUCGUUCCUGGACCAUGCGGCGUCGAAGGAGAACUCCCCGCUUGUGGAUAUCUUGCUCGAGCUAGGCGCAGUCGUAUAUGUCAAGACCAAUAUCCCUCAGACCAUGAUGGCAAACAUUGCAGGAUCAAUCCGCAUACCCGCUCUUUGCUGUGGCACCUACGGCUUCAAGCCCUCUACAGCGCGCAUUCCAGAUGGCGGACAAAUAUCGCCCGUAUCCGCUGGCAACAACUUCUUCAACCCGUCCGCUGGUCCCCUCGCAAACGACAUACAAGCUCUAGGCAUUCUGUGUCGGUCACUCCUAUCAGUGAGACCAGCCUUGUACGACGCCUCUGCUCUCGACGUUCCUUGGAGAAGCCUAGAAGUACCACCGAGCGCGCCGAAGCUAAGACUGGGUCUUUUGGCCGAGGACUCAGCCUUCCCCUUGCAUCCGCCGGUUAAAAGAGCGCUAGCACAAGCUGUCAGCGCGCUCGAAGCAAAGGGCCACGAGGUGGUUCCUAUCGCGCCGGCGCGCACUCAGGUCGCCAAUGCGCUAGCCCUCGCGUUUGCCUUCUUUAUGCUUGACGACACUCCCCCGACGCAUGUAGCCGCUAGCGGUGAGCCUGUUGUUCCUUCAGUUAUCCAGUCCAUGGAGGUUUUCCAUUCCUUCAAGUGUGACUUCCUGGACGACUGCAAGGGCCUGGAGGGCAUCAAGAAAUUAGCUGCGCUCAAUGUCAAGCGGGAUGCUAUCCAAGAUGAGUGGAGGAAGAUUUGGAAGGAGCAGAAAUUGGACGGAGUAAUCGGUCCGGCUGCACAGCACACUGCGGUCGCGCACGAUACAUACGGGUUACCGCCGUAUACGCUACUGUUGAACGUAUUGGAUUAUCCCGCAUGCGUACUUCCCUUUGGUAAAGCCUCAAGCGCUCUAGAUGCUGAGCCUUUUGUCAUGGGUCCAGGCCAAGUAGGCCCGAGUUAUGAUCCCAAGCUCGUGGAUGGUGCACCGACUGCCAUCCAGGUCUUCACGAACAAGAUGCGCGAUGAAGAAUGCCUGCAGGUGUCUGCUAUCAUCGAUGAGUGCUUGAAAGCUGUGUAA